GUGGUUUUGGGGUCUCAGGAUGGAUUUGGGGUGGUUUUGGGCUGUUUUUGGGCUGGAUUCGGGGUGACCUCGCUGUCCCCAGACGAGCGGGACGCGGUGCAGAAGAAAACCUUCACCAAGUGGGUGAACGCGCACCUGGCGCGCGCCGCCUGCCGCGUCGGCGACCUCUACUCCGACCUGCGCGACGGCUUCGUGCUGACGCGGCUGCUGGAGGUGCUCUCGGGGGAGACCCUGCCGCGCCCCACGCGGGGCCGCAUGCGCAUCCACUCUCUGGAGAACGUGGACAAGGCACUGCAGUUCCUCAAGGAGCAGCGCGUGCACCUGGAGAACGUCGGCUCGCACGACAUCGUGGACGGCAACCACCGCCUGACGCUGGGCCUCAUCUGGACCAUCAUCCUGCGCUUCCAGAUCCAGGUGAUCAAGAUCAAGACCGAGGACAACCGCGAGACGCGCUCGGCCAAGGACGCGCUGCUGCUCUGGUGCCAGAUGAAGACGGCGGGCUAUCCCGAGGUCAACAUCCAGAACUUCACCACCAGCUGGAGGGAUGGCCUGGCCUUCAACGCCCUCAUCCACCGGCACCGGCCGGACCUGAUCGACUUCCACAAGCUGACCAAGUCCAACGCCACCUACAACCUGCAGCAGGCGUUCAACACGGCCGAGCAGCACCUGGGGCUCAGCAAGCUGCUGGACCCCGAGGAUGUGAACAUGGAGGACCCCGAUGAGAAGUCCAUCAUCACCUACGUCGUCUCCUUCUACCACUACUUCUCCAAGAUGAAGGCGCUGGCCGUGGAGGGGAAGCGCAUCGGCAAGGUGCUGGACCAGGUGAUGGAGAUCGCGGCCAUCACGGCGCGCUACGAGGCGCUGGCGGCCGAGCUGCUGGCCUGGAUCCAGCACACCAUCGCCAUCAUCGCCAACCAGAAGUUCGCCAACUCGCUGAGCGGCGUCCAGCAGCAGCUGCAGGCCUUCACCGCCUUCUGUCGCCUCCCCACCGGUGCCAGGUUCCAGGAGAAGGGCAACCUGGAGGUGCUGCUCUUCACCAUCCAGAGCAAACUCCGCGCCACCAACCGCAAGCUCUACGUGCCCAGCGAGGGCAAGAGCAUCUCCGACAUCAACAAGGCCUGGAGCUGCCUGGAGAAGGCGGAGCACGAGCGGGAGGUGGCUCUGAGGAACGAGCUGAUCCGGCAGGAGAAGCUGGAGCUGCUGGCCCAGCGCUUCGACCACAAGGCCGUCAUGAGGGAGACGUGGCUCAACGAGAACCAGCGCCUGGUCUCGCAGGACAACUUCGGCUACGACCUGCCGGCGGUGGAGGCAGCCAUGAAGAAGCACGAGGCCAUCGAGGCCGACAUCUCCUCGUACCAGGAGCGCAUCCAGGUGGUGGUGGAGCUGGCGCUGGAGGUGGAGUCCGAGGGCUACUACGACACGCGGCGCAUCGGCGCCCAGAAGGACAACAUCCUGCGGCAGUGGGCGCUGCUGACCGAGCUGGUGCGCGCCCGCCGCGCCCGCCUGGAGCAGAACCUGGCGCUGCAGAAGAUCUUCCAAGAGAUGGUCUACAUGAUCGACUGGAUGGAGGAGAUGCAGGUUCUUCUGGUCUCCAAGGAUUUGGGGAAGCAUCUGCUGGAGGUGGAGGAUCUGCUGCAGAAGCACGGGCUGCUGGAGGCCGACAUCGCGGCACAGACCGAGCGCGUCCAGGCGCUCAACGCUGCGGCGCUCAAGUUCUCGGAGCUGGCAGGCUACCAACCCUGCGACCCCCAGAUCAUCUGCAACCGCGUCAACCACGUCCAGACGUGCCUGGAGGAGCUGGAGGAGCUGGCGGCCAAGAGGAGGAAGGAGCUGGAGGAUUCCCGCCAGCUCUGGACCUUCUUCCAGGAGAUGGAGGAGGCCGAGGCCUGGAUCCGCGAGAAGGAGAAGAUCCUGGCCGCCAAGAGCUGCGGCCGCGACCUCAGCAGCGUCGUCACCUUGACCAACAAGCACAAAACCAUGCUGGGCGAGCUGGGCAACCGCCGGGCGCUGCUGCACCAAACCAUGAAGAAAGGCGAGAAGAUCCUGGCCAAGAAAUCUUUCGGCUCCGUGGGCAUCCAGGAGAAGAUGCGGGAAGUUUGCCUGCGCUGGAAGAAGCUGGAGGAGGUCACCGGCCUCCACCAGCAGCGCCUGGAGGACGCCAUGAACUUCUUCCAGUUCAGCGCCGAGACGGACGAUCUGGUGGCCUGGCUGCAGGACAUGUACCGCAUCGUGUCCAGCGACGAUUUCGGCCACGACGAUUACUCCAGCCAGGCGCUGCUGCGCAAGCACCGCGCCGUGGUGGACGAGGUGGAGAAGCACCGCGGCGCCGUGAUGUCGCUGCGGAAGCAGCUGGCGCUGCUGGCCCCCGACCACCGGCAGGGCGUGGACGUGCAGAUCCGCGUGGUGGAGGUGGAGCAGCUCUACGGCGAGGUGGCCGAGGUGGCCGUGCUGAGGACGCAGUGGCUGCAGGACGCGCUGGCCGUUUACCGCAUGUUCAGCGAGGUGCACGCCUGCGAGGUGUGGGUGGACGAGAAGGAGCAGUGGUUGGAGAAGAUGGAGGUGCCCGAGGAGCUGGAUGAGGUGGAGGUUGUCCAGCACAGGUUUGAGAGUCUGGACCAGGAGAUGAACAGCGUCAUGGGGCGAAUCCUGGACGUCAACCAGGUGGUGCAGCAGCUGGUGGAGGGCGGCCACCCCAGCUCGGACGAGGUGCGGUCCUGCCAGGACCAUCUCAACAGCCGCUGGAACCGCGUGGUGGAGCUGGUGGAGACCAAGAAGCGCCGGCUCAGCUCGGUGCUGAAGAUCCAGAACUUCCUGCUGGAGUGCGGCGAGAUGAAGGCGCAGGUGCGCGAGAAGCGCAAAGCCGUCGAGGCCACGCGCAGCGGCGGCGGCGGCGACCUGGGCGGCGUCCUGGCGCUCCAGCGCCGCCUCUCCACCGUGGAAGCCGCUUUGGCCGUGCUGGAGCCGCGUUUGGUGGAGCUCCAGCAGGAAGGAGAAGCUUUGGCCGCCGCCCACCCCGAGCGCGCCCUGGAGAUCCUGCUGCCCUUCGAGGAGAUCGGCGAGGAGUGGGACGACCUCAAGAGAGCCCUCCAAGGGUGUGAGGACACCUUGACGGUCGCCGGGCGCCUCCAGCAGUUCAUCCAAGAUCUGGACAACUUUUUGGGGUGGUUGGUGAAGACCCAAGCGGCCGUGGGGUCCGAGGAGGUGCCCGAGAGCUUGGAGGAGGCGGAGAGGCUGCUGAACGUGCACGUGGCGCUCAAGGAGGAGAUCAACGGCUACGAGGAGGACUACGCCAAGAUCCAGGCGGCCAGCGAGCUGCUGGCCCUGGAGGAGAUGGACGUGCCCUACCUGUCGCUGCAGCAGUGGCUGCAGAAGCUGGAGGCGGGCUGGGGGAAGCUGCUGCAGAGCUGGGAGAUGAGGAGGGAGGUGCUGGUGCAGUCCCACAUCUUCCAGCUCUUCCUGCGGGAUGUGCGGCAGUGCCAGAACAGCCUCUGCAACCAGGAGUCCAUCCUGGUGCACGCUGAGCUGCCGGACUCGGUGGAGGGCGUCACCAAGGCGCUGAAGGAGCACCAGGACUUCACCACCACGCUGGAGCUGAGCCUGCAGAAGGUGCAGCAGGUGCUGCAGGCCGGCGAGAGCCUGCGACGGCAGCAGAACCUGCACGGCGAGCGCGUGGCCGAGGCCGUGGCAGGGCUCAGGGACAGGAGCCAGCGGAACCAGCAGCUGGCCCAGGAGCGGGCGCGGCGGCUCCGGGAUCAGCUGGAGCUGCAGCGGUUCCUGCAGGAGAGCCGCGAGGUGAGACCCCAAAUCGGCUGGGACCCCAAAAACCAGCUGGGACACCCCAAAAAAUGGGGGGUCCCACCUUGGCCACAAACCCCUCCUGAUGAAUUUUGGAGUCCUAAUUUGCCCCCCAAACUCCUCCUGGGUCCCACCUUUUACUUCAAACCCCUCAUACUAAAUUUUGGGGUCCCCCUUUGCCCCCAAACCGCUUGUGACAAAUUUCGGGGUCCCCCCUUCACCCCCAAACUGCAGGAGGGCGAGGAGCUGGUGCAGGCCAAGCCGGAGCUGAGCGGGGCGGUGCGGCGGCAGCUGGAGGAGCUGCGGAGAUGCUGGCAGGAGCUGGAGAGCACGAGCCAGGCGCGGAGCCGGCGCCUGCGGCUGGAGGAGCAGCUGGAGACCGUGGGCAGCGGGGCCGACCUCCGCAGCGUCAGCCGCCAGCUCAAGAGGCUGCAGACGAUGGAGUCGCAGGUGGAGGAGUGGUACAAGGAGGUGGGCGAGCUGCAGGCGCAGGCGGCGGCGCUGCCGGCGCAGGCAGCCGGGCGGGACGCGAAAUGGGGAUGGGAUGGGAGGGGGCACAGCCAUGACGCCGAGCUCCACCCCCAUCCCCAGAUGUGGGUCCAGGACCGCCUGCCCUUGGCCAUGCUGAAGGACCACGGCACCAACCUCCAGACCGUCCAGCAGUUCAUCAAGAAGAACCAGAACCUGCGCCGGGAGAUCCAGGUGCACCGGCCCCGUGUGGACGAGGUGCUGGAACGCGCCGCCGCUGUCGCCACCAUCAAGAGCCCUGAGGCCGAGGGCGUGCGGUGCCUCCUGGAGCGCUUGGGGACGAUGUGGGCAGAGCUGCAGGAGCAAACGGAGCGCCGGCAGCAGACCCUGGAUGCCACUUACCAGCUGGAGCAGUACUACUUUGACGUGGCCGAGGUGGAGUCGUGGCUGGGAGAACAAGAGCUGCUCCUGAUGAACGAGGAGAAGGGGAAGGACGAACAGAGCACCCUCCAACUCCUCAAGAAACACCUCCUCACCGAACAAACCAUCGAGAACUACGAGGAGACCAUCGCCCAACUCUCCCGCCAGUGCCGCCGGCUGACGGCCGCUGUGUCCUUGCCCAGCGAACAGGUCAGCAGGCGGCAGUCGCAGGUUGACCGGCUGUACGUGUCUCUGAAGGACCUGGUGGAGGAGCGCAAGGUCAAGCUGGAGCAGCAGUACUGGCUCUACCAGCUCAACCGCGAGGUGGACGAGCUGGAGCACUGGAUCGCCGAGAAGGAGGUGGUGGCCGGCUCGCCCGAGCUGGGGCAGGACUUCGAGCACGUCACGCUGCUGCAGGAGAAGUUCCUGGAGUUCGCCAGCGAGACGGGCAGCGUGGGCCAGGAGCGCAUCGCCGCCGUCAACCAGAUGGUGGACGAGCUCAUCGACUACGGCCACACCGACGCCGCCACCAUCGCCGAGUGGAAGGACGGCGUCAACGAGGCCUGGGCCGACCUCCUGGAGCUGAUGGAGACGCGCGCCCAGAUGCUGGCGGCGUCCCACGAGCUGCACAAGUUCUUCAACGACUGCAAGGAGGUGCUGGGGCAGAUCGAGGAGAAGCGGCAGCGCCUCCCCCCCCCCCCCCCCCCCCCCCCCCCCACCUCGGCCGGCGCUCUGCAGAGAGCCCUGGGCGCCUUCGAGCACGACGUGGAGGUGCUGGUGACGCAGGUGCGGCAGCUGCAGGAGGGCGCGGCGCAGCUGCGGACGCUCUACGCCGGCGACAACGCCGAGGCCAUCGCCGGGCGCGAGCAGGAGGUGCUGCGGGCGUGGAAGGAGCUGCUGGCGGCGUGCGAGGAGUGCCGGCUGCACGUGGCCAGCGUGGCCGACAAGAUCCGCUUCGUGGGCACUGUCAGGGAUCUGCUGGCGUGGAUGGAUGGGGUGCUGCACCAGAUGGGCGCCGGGGAGAAGCCCAGGGAUGUGUCCUCGGUGGAGCUGCUGAUGAACGACCACCAGAGCCUCAAGACCGAGAUGGAGGCCCGGGCCAAGAACGUGGCCACCUGCCUGGAGCUGGGCAAGACCCUGAUCCUCAGCAAGAGCCCGGCGGCCGACGAGGUGCCAGGGAGGGGGGCGGCCCUGGCUGUGCCGGCAGUGCGCGAGGUGCACCAGUUCGCGCAGGAGGCUGUGGUGGCCGACGCGUGGCUGACGGCCCAGGAGCCGCUGCUCAAGAGCCAGGAGCUGGGCAGCAGCGUGGACGAGGUGGAGCAGCUGAUCCGGCGGCACGAGGCGUUCCGGAAGGCGGCGGCAGCUUGGGAGGAGAGGUUCAGCUCCCUGCGGCGCCUCACCACGAUCGAGAAGCUCAAGGCCGAGCAGAACAAGCAGCCGCCGACGCCGCUCCUGACCCGCAAAUUUUUGGGGGAACCCCCGGGAGGUGCCGACCCUCGCCGGCCAGAGCCGCGCGUCGCCUACGUCCGGCACGAGCUGCGGCCAGAGCGCCUCCAGCCCAAGCUUGACCGCAUCCAGACUCCGACCACUGAGGGAGGACCCUCUGAGCCACCCCCGGCCACCGCCACCAUCACCACGGCCACCCCCGCUGAGCCCCCGGUGGCCCCCAAGGCCGAGGAGCCCGGUGAGGUCCGGUCGGUGCUGCCAGAGCGGCGCCGGGAGCGCCGGGAGCGCCGGUUGGAGCGCCAGGAGUCCAGCGAGCCGGAGCUGCCGCGGCACGACGGGAAGGGCGGCGGCAGCAAAGCCACCCUGGCGGACAUCGUGGAGCAGCUGCAGGAGAAGGAGGCGGGCGGGCCCGUGCCGGCUUCGCCCCGUGACCGCGACUCCCCCCCCCCCCCCCCCCCGGCACAGGGCAGCGCGCCGCCGCCGCCGCCCCCCGCGCACACGGUGACGCACGAGGGGUUCCUGCUGCGCAAGCACGAGCUCGACGGCGCCGGCAAGAAGGCGUCCAACAGGUCCUGGGUGAACCUCUACUGCGUGCUGGCCAAGGGCGACCUGGGCUUCUACAAGGACGCCAAGGGCCCGGCGGCCGGCGCCACGCACGCCGGCGCGCCGCGCAACUACAAGAAGAAGAAAAACGUCUUCAAGCUCAAGACCGGCGACGGGAGCGAGUUCCUGCUGCAGGCCAAGGACGAGGAGGACAUGCAGGGCUGGCUGCGGGCUCUGGCCGCCAGCGCCCAGGAACACGCCGAGCUGGCCCGGUGGCAGCAGGGCCUCCUCACCACCUCCUCCACUGACGAGGGGCUCCCGCGGCGCGACCCCGACCGGCCCCGACGGAAGUGACCCCCCCCAAAACCCCAAAUUUGGGGUCCCAAGCCCCCCCGCCAAAACCUCAAUUGUGGGGUGCCGGUCCUUCCCAAACCCCGGAUUUGGGGUCCCAGCCUCCCAGUUUUGGGGUUCUGAGCUCUGGGUUUGGGGUCCUGAGCCCUGGGUUGGGGUCCUGGUCCUUUCCAAAACCCAGUUUUGGGGUCCUGAGCUCUGGGUUUGGGGUCCUGAUCCUCGGAUUUGGGGUCCCAGUCCUUCCCAAAUCCCAGUUUUGGGGUCCUGAUCCUUGGAUUUGGGGUCCCAGUCCUUCCAAAAAUCCCGAUUUUGGGGUCCUGAGUUGUGGAUUUGGGGUUCUGAUUCCCGGAUUUGGGGUCCCAGUCCUUUCCAGUUUUGGGGUCCUGAGCUCUGGGUUUGGGGUCCUGAGCCCUGGGUUGGAGUCCCAGUCCUUCCCAAAUCCCAAGUUUGGGGUCCCAAACCCUAAAUUUGGGGUCCUGCCCCCCCCAAAAUCCUAAUUGUGGAUUCCUAGGCCUUCCUAAAUUCCAAUUUUGGAGUCCUGAGUUCUGGGUUUGGGGUCCUGAUUCCCGGAUUUGGGGUCCUGGUCCUUCCUGAACCCCAGUUUUGGGGACCUGAAUCCUAAACUUGGGGUCCUGGCCCCCCCAAAACCCCAACUGUGGGGUCCCAGUCCUCCCUGAGCUGCGGGUUUGGGGUCCCACUCCUUCCCAAACCCUGGUUUGGGGGUCCUGAGCUCUGAGUUUGGGGUCCUGGCCCCCCCAAAACCCCAAUUGUGAGGUCCUGGCCCCCCCUGAGCUCCAGUUUUGGGGUUCUGAAUCCUAAAUUUGGGGUCCUGGGCCCCCCAAAACCCCAAUUGUCGGGUCCUGGCCUCCUCUGAGCUCCAGUUUUGGGGUCCCAGCCCUUCCCAAACACCGGAUUUGGGGUCCCAAGCCCUGAUUUUGGAGUUCCUCCCCCCCAGAACCUCAAUUUUGGGAUUCAGCCCUCUUCCCCCAACCCUAAAUUUGGGGUUCUGGCCCCUCUGAGCCCAAAUUUUGGGGUCCCGGCCCCCCCUUUCCCCCAGCA